CGCACGCACAUACACACACACACACAUAUAUAUACACACACACACACACACACACACACACACACACACGGGAACUCACAUCAAAUGAGCACACGCGCUUCGAUGUUCACAGAUGUAUACACACGCACACAUAGAACGAUAGGCGAUGCACACGAGAGGUGAACAGCGGAAUAACAGAGCAGUGACAAGAUUAUCACAAUUUCAACAUACCAUCGCAACAGUGGUGAUUGAUUGAUUGACUGACUGAAAUGAUCGAUCGAUUGAUCGAUUGGUCAAACCAUAAAUCCAUAGAAAGCCAUGUAGAAAGAACUUGAAAAGAAUCUCUCACCAGGAUCGAACACGCCUAUAUUUCAAACACUGCUGUCUAAACGAAACAAGUUAAGAGACCACUAUUGACAGAAGCCAACAUGACAUCAGCAACUUGUUCAGUAGUGUUUGUUAUUUGUAUCUUACAAUGUGUGACUAGUAUGAGCAGCCAGAGACUGAAGCCGAGCAAGACUCUAACAGAUACUAUUCAAACACAGAUAUUAAGUUCUGCAGUGGCGGCCAGUAACACAUUACGCACUACACAGAUAGCUUCUUCUCUUUCCUCUUCAGAUGACGCUCUCAAGAGCCAAACAUCUUUGGAACCUUCUCAAACACUGACAGCACCCAAAACGUUGUCAAAAAGUUCCAUAUCUACAUUAUAUGGAAUUACCAGAUCUACUCGUUCAUUAUUACAUGAUACUUCUACAUUGACGGGAACAUCUACACAUGCUUUACCGAAAUCAUUGAGAACAGAGACACCGGUACUUUCAAGAAGUGUGCCAAUAAUACCAGAGAAUACUAUGACCGCCACCAAAUCUGUAAAACUCACCGAUGAUUCAACAGCUUUGUCACCGCAACGUACUUCGGUUGAGUCAGUGCAUAUUCCUACUACCACAUCUACGGAGCAAGAACAUUCGCCAUCAAAAUCUUUUGUUGUCCUUUCAAGCAGUGUCGUAAAUAAAGUUGAGCAUGUCGAGAGGUCUACGAAAAUGGUUUCCCACUCGUCGUUAGCUAACGUUCAUUUGACUCCAUCGAUGACCUCCGACAUGAUUUCAACAACUCACUCCUCAACCAUACAGCCUUCGCCUUCACUUGCAACUCCACAAAAAACUGACGUCACAUCGACGCUUUUAGUCCCUUCAAGGGUCAUGUUGUCAGAAGGCACACACUCGACUGCACAGUCAUCGCAAGGUUAUGUGACGCAUUCUGUCUCUCCUUCAGAUCAGAGCACUUCUCGUCCAGUCAGGCUCACGUCUCAACCAAAUAUACCACCAUCAGUCGAUUCAGUGACGCCAUCUACAACUUUAUUUGUUAGUAGAAAUAAGUCGGUGAACCCCGGCCGCACGUCUUCAGUUCCUCCUAUGAUACCACCGACCAAUCAGCCAACCAGUACAAACAAUAUUCCUACAAAUACGAUUUCCACUCAAGCUGACUUUGCUUCGAAAAUAAACAGCCAACCCUUCUUAGUCUCAAGCUCUUCGCUGAGUUUGUCUUCGAGAAUUGAAUCUACUCCACAAGACAGCUCAGUGUCAUCACUUAGCCAAGGCAGCUCCGCUUCUCAGCAAACCAUAUCUCUUCCUUUCACACCAAAUUCUAAAGCGACAUUGUUGUCUUCUGAAUCACAGAAGACAGAUGGCACAUAUGAAAUAACUUCUCCAAUAUCAACACCGACGCUAAAUUCACAAUUGGUGGAGACGAAAUGGAGUAGCUCUGUGGAAUCCGGAAAAUUCACGGAGACUUCAUUGUCUUCGAAUUCCAACAAAAGCUCCACAGCUUUUCCUGAGUUGGCAACUUCAAAUGUGAGGGUCACUGACAACUUGUUAGAAUCCUCAUCUCCGGUUAGUUUAACCCAAACUGUCAUUCCUUCUGAAACUGAACCAAUAUCUUUGACUUUAUCAGUCACAUCGACUCCAUACAUGUCAUCCAAUUUAUCUCACAUUGAACUGUUGAAACCGUCACAUUCUACAAGCUAUAAUACCAUGUCAAUGUACACAAGUUCUGUUGAAUUGCAUUCAGCAUUGACAUCCAUUAUCACUGAAAUUAUUCCAACAAGAACGAAAGUAAAUAUGUCGAAGACAUAUUUUAACGCAUCAAACACGUCGGGUUUAGUCUUUUCCACAGCGAACACUGUUUUUGUCUCUGUCUCAAGUUCACAAAUUGGAAUACCGAUAUUAUCUCGAUCAACGCAAUAUUCCAAAUUAUUGAAAUCCCCGAAGACUUUGUCAGCCGAUUCCACGAUAUCAAAGCAUAGUUCUACAGUUACUGUGUAUUCCAUCACACCGUCAAACCAUGAGACACAAAUGCAUACGCGCAUCUCUCACCCGACGCAGACGGUUAUAAAAACGACGAAUUCAACACCACUGGGGGCAUCUACUACGCUUCCUCCGCACAACAAAACCUUUGAAAUAGUUUUCAAUGGUCUGUGCACUCCUCUCGCGGAGAGACACUUAUACGGGCAGUUCUCAGAUAAUAUCCGUUACAUAGUCAGUCGCAAACUGUCGAUCAGCUACGACUCUGUCGUUGUACAUAACUUAACAUGUGCCUCUGUACACGUAUAUGUCACUCUCCUGAACAUCGUAACUCAAAGAAUUACAGAGAAUUUCAAAGAGUUAGUUGGUUCAAGAAAACUGAAUAUCAGUGUGAUUUCCAAGCAAGGCGAGCUUCAUUAUUCAGCCGUGAAAUUGAAAACGAUCGCCGAACCAAGCGUUCAGAAAGAGUUACAGACAGGCGCUUACGAGAAAGACUCUAAAACGAGUGUAAUCACCAUUGCAUGUUCAGCUAUAGUUGCCAUGCUGGUCAUAGGCUUAGUUGUAGCUCUACGUGAAUGUUAUAGAAGGAAGCAUACGCAGACAUUCGACUUAACCAAUACACCAAACGUUCAUAUGAAACUUGAAGAUUUCACACUCACAAGAAUUCCUCGCUCGAGCACAUGGUAUUCUGAUGAAGGUGUGGCAAUACAAAGAUUCUCAGAAACAAAUGGUAGCACAAUGCAAAAAUCCUCAAACGGUAUUUCAAAACAGCCGACAAUCUCGUGUAUUUCUGAUAUAUUAAAAGACAAAGAAGCCGACGGAGAAGAAUUGCGACCAUUCUCUUAUUCCAUCUUGUCUAACAAUAGUAGAAAAGACAGCCAGGAUACCACGGUUUCAAUUACAAGCGACAGUAAUUUUGCUUAUUCCACAGACAGUCUCGUGCCGCUACCAAAAAGCAGCUCUGGUAUGCAUGGUGCCGUGAAUCCUAUCUACUUUGGCGAUGAAAUGCCUCAGAUGGGUUCUAACAACAGACUUGACCAAAACGUGAAUCCAUCAGACACACACGAACAAUUCAGACAAGUCUACAACCAAUAGACUUCAUGAAACAGGACAAAACCAAUGAACUAAACAACAAAAAAUAAAUAGAAGUAAUAAUAAUAAUAAUAAUAAUAAUAAUAAUAAUAAUAAUAAUAAUAAUAAUAAUAAUAAUUCCCAAUUUGCUUAAAUUACAUUACAUAUUUAAAUCAGUUUACUAUUUGUCCUUAUAAUGUUGAGCUAGACUUUCCACUUUGUAUUUUUUUUAAAAGGAACCUAUUUUGGACAAACACUAGUCUUCUUUCUCUCUCUCUCUAUCUAUUAAAAAUAAAAUAAAACAAAACAAACAUUGUUUUAUAAUCUUGAACAAAUUUUUCUAUCUAGUUAAAAAAAUAUAAUUAGGUAUUUCUAUUAUGUCCUUAAACAAGUCUUUCUACCCACCUUAAAGAGACAUUCUUUUCUGCAUGACUUCUAGCAACUAUUUUCUGUCAAGCUUCGAUAAAAAAAAACUAAAAAAAACCCCAACAAACUAAUUAAUAAUGUAGUAUUAUAACAGCGUUGAGCAAGACUCAUCAUUUUACUUUGCCUCCGAUACUUUAUCGGAUGUUAACAUAGACAGGCAGUGGACUUAUCCACCAUCUACGUGGUCGGAUGUUUGAGUUAAAUGAAGGACAUUUACUGCUGUGAGACAAAAAAUACAAAAAAAUACACAAAAAAAAAUAUAAAGGAGAAGAGUACUCAAUUACAAAACAUGUAAAUACCUACUCUAAGAAAAAUUCUAUCCAAACCACAAAAAAAAAAAAAAAAGAAUCAUUUGCCCAGUAGCAUUACAGGGCUUUCACCAGGAAUGAUUACUGUGAAUUAUUGUCUUGGUAUAACUACUCAGCGGUGAACAGCAACAGUAUAUAUACAUAACUUUUUUCAUGAAAAAUAUAGAUAUGUUCGGCCCACACACAAAACACCACUUUCACUCGCACAAAACUCCACUGCUACCCACACAAAACGCUACUUCUACCCGCAUAAAACACCACUUGUGCCCACACAAAAUACCGCUUUCUCAGAUACCGUUUCUAACAUGAAAAAUACCAUUCUUUCACACAUAAACAAUCCACUAUUUCUACACAUAAAAAAAAAAACAA